AAGCAGCUAAUAAGUUUAGCUGCGAAAGAAGCUUAGUACGCACCCAGGGCAAAAAAGGGACCAAUCUCUCUCGCUCUCUCUCUCAUUUGAAUUUCUCUGUUUAGAUCUUCCAAAUCAUAGAGAUGGUGAUUUGAUCCCUGGGGCAGAAAAAAACUUGAGUGAUUAGGGUUUUUUUUUAUUGUUCUGAACCGAAAUUCUCUCAUUUAAUUAAUUGAUCGAUCCCUCUGGUUGAUCGGCGGGGUGGUGUUCAUGAUGGGAUUUUGCAUCUGUCCGCUGGAGACGCCGGCGAGGUUGCUGUGGAGUACGAGCUUCUUCCGCCACAAGCUCAUGAUCUUCUAAUCCAUUUCCUUUUUUUCUGCUUUGACUUUGAUCGUUUGCUUCAACGGAAUUUCGCGCUUUCGUUUCUUUGUCCCUCUUUUCCGGCCGGCGAAGAUCGGAGAAAGCUUUGGAUUGCGGUGUUGUACGGAUUUCUGGAGGUUCGUUUCACAGUGAGAGAGAAAGAGACACAGAGGAGUAAGAUUUUGCUGAUCGAUGGAAUCCAAUAAGUUUUUUUUCGAUCCAUCUGCCUGCCACGGCAACAUGCUCUUCCUCGGGAAUCGCAAUCCCGUAAUCCAAGGAGGAAGAUCGGUGAUCAGCAUGGAAGAGACGUCGAAGCGGAGGCCAUUCUUUAGCUCGCCAGAGGACCUAUACGACGAGGAAUACUAUGACGAGCAGUUGCCGGAGAAGAAACGUCGCCUCACUCCUGAACAGGUGAAUCUGUUGGAGAAGAGCUUCGAGGCAGAGAACAAGCUGGAGCCGGAACGGAAGACAGAGCUGGCAAAGAAAUUAGGGCUUCAGCCAAGACAAGUGGCUGUGUGGUUUCAGAACCGACGAGCUCGUUGGAAGACAAAGCAGCUCGAGACAGACUACGAUCUUCUCAAGUCCACGUAUGACAAUCUCCUCGCUGACUACCAAUCCACAGUCAAGGAGAACGACAAGCUUAAAUCUGAGGUGGCGUCCUUGACGGAGAAGCUUCAAGGCAGAGAAGAGGCGGGAAAGGAGCCACCAGGGGAGGGAGAAGGACCUGACCAGAAGGCACAAGAGGCACGGUUGAGUACAGGGAGUGGGGUGGUGGAUUACGAGGACGCCCCUCACAGCUGCGACUCUUAUUUCCCCAUCCACUCCGAGGAAGAUGACAUCAGCGACGACAACCUGUUUGUGGCCGCCGAUGGGGAGGAGGCGUUGGCCUGGUGGUCCUGCGCCUAACCACACCACCAAUUCCCUUUUUAUAGAUACAGUUUGGUGUUUCGGGGUGUAAGUGUCAACUGAAUAAGAUAAGGAUCGUAUCAAAAAACCCGUACGUAUCCAUCCAGUGGAAACUAUGGAAUGAUAUGUGCAUAUACAUGUUCAUAUUUAAAUUGUACCAUUCGAUUGCAUCACACAGGGUAUGCACCCGAGUUUGAGAUUU